AUGCCUGGAAUUUUUCCGAUCGAGCAAUCAGAAUCGGAGUAUGUCCAAUCACAGGUCUACCCACCAACGGGUAAUCCAAGUAUGUCUCAGUCGCAAGGAGACAUUCACCAAGUUUCUCAACCACAAAACAACCUUAAUCAAUUAGAAAACGGGUUUCCAGAUAAACCUUCCCAGCUGGAAACUGAUGAGCGAUCUUUGCAAUCUCAAGUAAUCAGUCAUCAGCGGGGAGAGCCUAAUAAU